AGGUCAAGAGUUUAAUGUAUAACACUAGUAAUUACAGGGUUGAUGAAAGGAGCGGCUGAUCUUGGGAAAACGAACAACAACAAAGGUACUUUAUCAAGUUUUUUUCCCACAAUGCUGACAGUCAUUAGUGCUUGUUUCUUCUUGACUCUUUAUGAAACUGUAAUUAAAUUAUUUAUAGUAAUAACACGCACCAACAUAGAUGUAUUUUUAAUUGAAUAAAAAACCCAUUCAUAACGUAAACUUAAAAUAGAUUUUGUUUUGUUAGUUUGUGCCGUUAUGACAGUGAGCACCUCCUCAUCCUGGGAGCUGUACUCCUCCAACAACAUGGUGAAGCACACUAUUUUACAAAUCAGUGCAUUUUCCCCAUAACUGUGACACAAAGAAAAUAUUGAGAUGGAUUUUCAUCUACUUUGCUGUCACCACAACAGCUAUGUGCCCCUCAGGUUAGGGCGGCCCCCACUUUGGGAACCACUAAUGCAAUUAAACAUCGAGAAGACAAACAAUUAUACACAACUCGCUACAAACAGUACUGCCAUAUUCGUAUAUAGUCUCAUUGCAUGGAUUUUAAUUUAAAACCAUGUCUGGAAUUUAUAUUUAUAUAUCUAAAUGAUAGAGCUGUCAUCUCUGUCUACUCUUAAUUACAGGUCUAUUUGUAACGUAAAAAGUAAUCAAAGUUAUAAGGGUUUUUUUUCUCUGUUGUAAAGAAAACAUUUGCGAGAUUUUAAUUUGAGUCUAAACGGCGGUAUUUUAGAUGCGGAACGAAUAGUGAGGAACCAUUUUCGAUGGUCUCAUGUUUCGUUCCGGUCCGUUUAUGUCGUCGUAAAGCAAUGGAAGCACUAUGAAUGAAUUGAUGCUACGUCCUAUGUAUUUACUGGCAUUAUUAUGAACGCGUCAGAAGUAUGGUGUAAGUAGAGGGGGGGAAAGACUUCACUGACUCAACGAUGGAGUGCGAUAUUCUGGAUUCGUUGGAGCAACUGGGUUAUGACGGCCCUCUCCUGGAAGAGAAAGCCCUGCUCAGAGCCGCUGAAGGAGGCCUGUCCUCCCAGGAGUAUGUGGAUCUCUGUCGGUGGCUGGUGACGAGGUUAAAACCACUGUGUGACCUGGAGGAGAGCAUCACAUCCGGUCCAGAUGACGUGGACAGUCUUCAGCUAGAGAUGAGUGGUCUGAUGAAAGAGCUGCACUGUCCGUACGAAGAGGAGGUUUCAGGUUUGCUCAAGGGUGCCACGAGAAACACCAACGAUCACCUUAAGUUUGUGUUGUUUCUCAGCUCGGAGCUCCAGGCGGCUCAGCUCCAGAGGAGCAGACGAGGCACUGACAAACAUCAAGAUAAGAAUCCAGCGUUCCAGGAGCUGCUUGCGAUCUGUGAAACACUGGAGCUGUCGGAACCGAGAGGAUCAGACGCAGCAGAAGUCUUCGAUCAAAUACAGACCAAGGUGGAUAAAGUGCUCAAAGAUCUUCCAGGUGGUUUUGUGGGAAACCCAGUGUUAAAGAAAUCCCUCAACAGUGAACAGUGGACCAAGCUGCGCAGCAUCAACUCCAUCCUGUCUUCAGAGUACGAGUGUCGCCGCAGGAUGUUGAUCAAACGUCUGGAUGUGACCAUUCAGUCGUUCGGUUGGUCAGACAGAGCCAAGGUGAAGGUGGACAGCAUGGCGGGAGCCUACCAGCCCAGGAGACAUUCUCUGAAGCCACAGUCCCAGGUGGACAUGGCCGAGCUGCUGGCAGCCAGAGAAGACAUCUGCAACGUGGUGAAGACCAGCAGCGGCUCCAGCAGAGAGAAGACAGUCUGUGCCGUCAACAAGGUACGGAUGGGAAGAGUCCCUGACCGAGGAGGACGACCUUCUGAGAUAGAAGCGCCGCCUCCUGAGAUGCCCCCAUGGCAAAAGAGACAAGAUGGUGGAGGUGGUGGCUGGGGAGGAAGAGGAGGAGGUGGAAGAGGAAGAGGAGGAAGAGGAGGAGGCAGCUCGGGUCGUGGAAAUAGUGGUCACUGGGGAAGAGGAGGAGGAGGAGCAGGAGGAGGAGGCAGCUGGGGACAUGGAGGAGGUGAUGGUAGAGACGGUUGGAGGGGAGGUGGGAGGAACCAAGGAGGAUAUGGUGGAAACGGUGGAGGCUACGGCGGUCAGAGUGGACACGGAGGGAAGAGAGGGAGAUACCAGUAUUAACUCCUCAACUCCAUCUGGACGAUUUAUAAUACACUUUUUAAAUUCAGUGUAUAAUUAGUCAGAGUGUGUGUGUGUGUGUGAGAGAGAGAGAGAGAGAGGGAGAAAUACCUGGUUUAAAACUUUAGGUAUUUGUUUUGAACCUAACUGAGAUAAAGGACUGAAUGUUUGGGUUUUGACAUUUUUGGAAAUGUAAACAGCAGACUUUUUAACUGACCUUCAUCAUAGUGAACUUCACUUUGUACCUGAAGAUCCUGACGUUUAAAUAUGAAUUAAAUAAAGAACAUCUUUUUAAAAAAGGAACUCAAACAA